AUGUCGUCUAACAUCACUUCGAACUUGGAAGUACAACGCGAGUACAUAACAGGAAUGAAAAAAUUGAUAGGAAUGGAUAAGAAAGCUGAAGGCGUUGGCGGAGGGAGUUCAUCGAAUCUCCAAAGUACUCAUUCACUCAAUGGAUCGUCUGUGAUUAACAAUUCAUCGAAAAAGGAGAAGAAAGUGUUGGGACGAAAGGUAAUGAUGAUAUAUUAUCUCUAG